AUGCGGCCCACUCGUCUCGCGCUCGCGGCAGCGCUGGCGCUUCUCUCGGGCGCGCCAGCGUCCGCCUCGGUAGUCGACAAGCGGUGGUGCUUCCUCUGGAUCUUUGGCGAUACGUGCGGGGCUAGCAGCAGCAGUACGUCGUCGUCGCUGCCGCCGGCCGCUACGACCUCGGUCGCACCCAGUUCGCUGUCCAUGCCGCCCACCUCGGCGACUUCGAUCUCGACGUCGUCAGCCUCGGCGACCUCGAUCUCGGCGUCAGCCUUGGCGACCGCGCCCUCCUCCCCCUCUCCCCCCGCACCCGUCUCGGCAUCCUCAUCGGCCUCAUCCCCUCCACCCUCGUUGACCCCCACCCCCUCGACCACCCCCUCACCCACCGCCUCCGGCCUCGUGGCCGGCGUCAACUCCGUCCCGACCUCGGGCACGUUCUACUCCGCGGCCCUGCCGACACCUAUCGGCCCGCUGUCCAUCCCGCCCAUCGGCUCCUUCUUCAGCUACUCGCAGCCUCCUAUCCCAGCGCAGACAGCAUCCGCCGACCCAGCAAGCUUCACGUGCACCGGCGCCGACGCCGCAAGCAUCAACCAGCCGCCCCAGGUACGCAACUACGACUUUGUGAUCCAGUACUCUGGCGGCUCGCCGGACGGGUUUUCCCGCCGCAUCAUCACGAUCAACAACCAGUUUCCUGGGCCGAAGAUUGAAGCAAACCAGGGCGACACGCUCGUCAUCAAGGUGACCAACACACUCGACAUCCCCCAGUCGAUCCACUGGCACGGCAUGCGCCAGAACGGGAGUAACCACUUUGACGGUGCGCCAGGCAUCCACCAGUGCCCUAUCCGCCCAGGCGCCAGCUUCACCUACACGUUCAAGCUCGACUCGGAGGUCGGCACGUACUGGUACCACUCGCACUAUGGCAACACGAUGGCUGACGGUCUCGUCGGCGCGCUCAUCGUGCAUUCGCGCGACGAUCCGCUCAAGCUUGGACAGCAGUACGACGAGGACAGGAUCCUGUACCUCUCCGACUGGAUGGACGACCAGAGCCUGGUGAUUGACAAGGGUGUGUCCAACCUCUUCUCGGGGUAUCGCGGGCUGCCCAUCGUGCUCGCGCCGGACGCGAUACUCGUCAACGGUGUGGGGCAGGUCAACUGCGGCUAUGUGCAAAAGGGGGUGCAGUGCGGCCAGAAGCGCGCGAGCGAGGUGUACGGUGCGGCGGGGAGGCGUAUCCGCUUCCGGCUCAUCAACACUGGCUCGCACGCCAUGAUCCGCUUCUCCAUCGACAACCACGUCUUGACCGUCAUCGAGGCGGACGACACUGCGAUCCAGCCGGUACAGGUGAACGAGGUGCCGGUCGCCACGGCGCAGCGGUACUCGGUCGUCGUGACGCUCAACCAGGGCCAGGCGGGGUCGAGCUUCUGGAUCCGCGCCCGCGCCGCCAUGUUCUGCAUCAACCCGCUGGCCACGGUCAUCGGGUACGGUGUGAUUCGAUACACGGAUGCAGCCGGGGGUGGCGCCGAUAGUGGUGUCCCACCGUCCAACCCAUGGCCCAACCUCGAAAACAUCAACCGAGGAGCAUGCCGCGACCUCGAUGACAAGGUGCCACUCGUUCCCCUGGUACCCGAGAACCCGCCGGCCAAGACGACCACGUUCACGUGGAACUCGCUGUUCGGGGUGUUUAUCGACCGGGCGAGGUGGACGCCGUAUGUCGGCUUUGGGAUGAACUCGGUCGCGUUCACAAAUUACAUCAACAACCCUCUCCUCGCGCAGAUCCGGGCUGGACGAACCCUGUCGUCUUUGAAUGUGGCAUCCGCGACCUUCAACUCACCCGGGGCCGUCGACUUUAUCAUCAACGUGCUUGACCCGCCACCCCUAUCCCACCCGUUCCACCUCCACGGACGGCCAUUCUACAUCCUCGCUCGUGGCGACGGUGCGCUCAGCUCGUUCUCGCUGGCUUCCACCAAGCUCAGCACCAAUAACCCGCUCCGACGAGACGUGCUCACAAUUCCGCACUUCUCCUGGGCCGUCAUUCGGGUGCCGCUCGACGACCCGGGCGUGUGGCCCCUGCACUGCCAUAUCGGAUGGCACUUGGCUGUCGGCAAGCUCGCCGCGGUCGUCGUCCGGCCAGAUGACAUUCGGAAGCAGGCUCCCCCGCAGGCUUGGAGCGACUUGUGUUCUGGGCUUGACCAGAAUGAGAUCGGUCCCGCGAGGCGCGACAACUGGUCACCGCCACAGGCGCGCGGGAGCCACUGGGAAGGCUACGACAAGCGCGACGCUGGCGAAGGGCACUGGGAGCAGCAUGUCGCCUUCAUGAAGGGGCUUUACGGCAACCUCACACUGCAUGCGCAGGCGCUGCAGAAUGAGGAGGAGCGGGGGACGUUCUUUGAUAGUUGGAUGGCGCGACGUGUCGAGGAGAGGGUCGUCGAGGAGAGGCUCACUUCGGUCGAGUAG